UUGGAACCAAACAAACCUUCCCUCGGCCAGCGCUCUCGAGCCUAAAUGAUCAGUCCACGAUGGGGGAUGGAAUGCUUUCCUUGUCGUGGAACAACCACAGCGCCACGUUCUGCCAUACGCUUUCCACACUAAGAGCAAAGGACAGGUACACAGAUGUCACCUUGGCGUGUGAAGGAAAGUUUUACCCCGUACACAAGUUGGUGUUAUCAACUUGUAGUGAAUACUUUGAAAACAUGUUUGAAAAUACUCCAUGUAAACACCCUGUUAUUGUGUUGCGAGAUGUUCGAUGUGAUGAGCUUGAGGCUCUUCUUAGUUAUAUGUAUGCUGGUAUUGUAAGUGUUGCCCAAUCAGACCUAGCACAGCUGAUCAAAGUGGCAGAGUUGCUGCAAAUUAAAGGUCUAGCAGUGCCAGAUGAGCCUCCCAAUAGUAACAAGAGGCCAUCUGAUGAUGAUAGAACUAGUCCACACUCGAGAACUCGCCAGGGUCAGAAUGCCAGCAAUGACAGGAGUAGCCCGUACCUCAGGACAAAGCAUUCCCAGGCAUCCAGUGAAGACAGAGCUAGUCCCCUUCCCAAGAGGCGAAGAAGAACGGAUACAGAAGCCUCCCUUGAAGAUUCGCAGUCAUCCAGUGGUAUGCAGUCUGUGGGCAAAAUGCCAUCGCAAGCAUGUGAUCAGCAAGACCAUUCUAGACUUUGUGGUGAAAUAGAUGAAACAGACAACAGGAAUGGGACAGAUCAGAAUGAUUAUCAGUCUAGUGCACAGGAAUCACUUAUUUCAAAUGUACAGGUAACAUUAGAAGAGACACUGGUGAAAGAGGAGGUGUUGGAAGAUAUGCCUGACAACCAGGCAGACACGUCAGAUCCGGGCCAUGAAUUUGACAGUUCGACUGGGGGCCAAGACUCGGGUAACUUGAUGAUCCCGAAGUACGAUGAUCAGGAUUCUGAAGGCCUUACGCAGUCUGGGCUAAGUCAGGCUCCCCCUCUCUCUGAAGCUGUUAUAGAAGCACUUGCUGGUCCAUCAGGAAUGCAAGGUUGGCCAGGAGGUGGUGACAUGGCACGACGUCUAGCCCUUGGAGAAGGCUUUGUUGACACUAACCAAGAUGUGUCAGCACUCACCUUAGGCCAGGCC